UUUAGAAUUACUUCAAUCUGAAGAAUUUAUUUCUGAUGAAUGCAAUAAAAGUUCUCAUAAUGAAAAAACAAAAAAAUUACAACCUUCGCAACAUCAAAUUGAUCAAAUCAUUUAUAAUAAUCCAGAAUGCAAACAACAUAAAGAUCAAAAAUUUGUUAAAAUUUUGAUUAAAGAUCUGCAACCAAUAAGUAUUCAAAAUAAUGAAGGCUUUAGAGAGUUUAUUGCAGAAUUUGAUCUAUCAUACAAAAUUUAA